AUGACGGCCGUCGGCGAUGACGGGACGGCGAAGCCUGCCGACCGUCAGUUUAGACGGAAGUACGCGCUGACGGACGUGCUGCGGACGUCUACCGGCCUAGAAUACUCCGUUCACAGCUGCCCGCGGCAGUACAAGCAGGACAUGGAGUCCCUGUUUCCCGGGCAGGACGUGUCGAAACUUUUGAUUGUGCCCACGCAGCAGAGGGCGCGCGUGGAUCUGGUGAACACGGGCGAGGAGGUUGAGAGGGAGAAGGACCGCUUAUUGGAAACGUUCGCAGCAUUUGCGUCGGGUCUCGUAGAGCGCCUCUCACAGCAGGGCCACUUCGCUGACUACAUCGACCCCUGCUCCGGCCUCCCUAUGGUGAAUCGCAACAGUCAGACGUAUUACGGGGAGGUGGAAGCAGCACAGACGCUGCUGGGAUACCCCGUGGCCAACGCCGGCUGCUGCAAGGUGCUGCUGCACCCCCAAUGGGGCUCUGCUGUCUACCCUGCCACCCUGUUCACGAAUGCACCACUAGAAGUGCUUCUAGAGGCGUUGAAAGACAUCAGCUGA